AUGUUUAACAUGGACGGCAUGAACGUUGGACGGUGUCAUAGCUUAGAAAGCACCGGUGUAGUACCGGUAUCACUUGGUGGUUCGCCCACUUCAGCCAACGGCUCCGAUGUUUUCUUAUACGACGAUUCAUCAAUGUCCGACGGGAGCCUGUAUGCAAGUGAUCAGGAAAAUUUAUCAACCCCUAUAAAAAGGUCAGACUGCAGGCGAUUGCAUAAAAGACGUUCACGAUGCCCUCAACAGCAAAUCCAACAACGGCAGGCGGCUAACCUGCGUGAGCGUCGUCGUAUGCAAUCUAUAAAUGAUGCAUUUGAGGGACUAAGAGCCCAUAUACCUACCCUGCCUUAUGAAAAACGGCUCUCCAAAGUAGACACACUAAAACUAGCCAUCGGAUAUAUCAGCUUCUUAGGAGAACUGGUCCGGGCAGACAGAAGCUUUUCGGACACCAUGCUUUCUGGUGUAAACAAUGGUCAAAAUAAAGAAGAACAAAAAAAGAUUAUUAUCAGAGUAAUGCCGAUAAAGAUAUUGCUUGCCCGUCAAAUAUUCGAUUCCACGGGUGUGCCGACAGUGGAGGUGGACAUGGUAACUGAGCUGGGUCUAUUUCGUGUCGGUGUACCUAAUACUGAUGUCAAAAAGGUUGCAGAAGCAGUACAACUACGAGAUAACAAUCCUAGUCAAUACAUGGGUAUGGGCGUGAGUAAUGCUGUUAAAAAUAUUAAUACGAUAAUUGCACCAGAACUUAUAAAGCAAAAUUAUGAAGUAACGAUGCAAAAAGAAAUCGAUCAAUUCAUGCUAGCUCUUGAUGGUACCGAUAAUAGAUCAAGGCUCGGGGCUAAUGCUAUUAUGUGCGUAUCAAUGGUUGUGGCAAAAGCAGGGGCAGCCAAGAAAGGAAUGCCUCUUUACAGACACAUUUCCGAUAUGGCUGAAAUAACAACCAUAAUAAUGCCAGUCCCACAUUUUACAAUCUUAACAGGCGGGGUUCUCGCCUCUAAUGAUCUACCUUUUCAGGAAUAUAUGAUCAUGCCUACCGGAGUUUCAUCUUUUGCUGAUGCAAUGCGUUUAGGUACUGAUAUUUAUCAAUAUGUGAAAAAGCUUAUAAAAUCAAAGUUUAAAAUCGAGUCAACUUACGUUAGCGAUUCUGGUGGCUUUGCCAUACCAUUACGGAGUAACAGAGAUGCUCUCCUUUUCUUAACGGAUGCUAUAAAACAAUGCGGAUAUGCAGGAAAAGUUGAAAUAGCUAUAAAUGCCUGCGCUUCGGAUUUAUACAAAGAUGGAGGUUAUGAUUUAGAAUUCAAAAACCCCAAAUCCAACCCUCAAAAUUAUAUGUCUGCAGAUAAGCUUGCUGAGCUAUAUCUUGAAAAUAUGAAGGAGUUCCCCAUGUGCUCCGUCGAAGACGCUUUUGAUUAUGACGACUGGGCUGGAUGGUCAACUUUAACAGCACGCACUCAGAUGCAAUUGAUUGGAAAUGACCUAACACAGACAAACUUAAGGAGAGUAGGUUUAGCUGUCGAGAAAAAAGCUGGUAACACUUUAAGUUUACGGUUAAGCCAAUCAGCCACGCUUACAGAGAUUAUAGAAGCUUUUAAAUUGAUGAAAACUAACGGCUUUGGUGUAGUAGUGAUUGACAGGUGGGGGGAAACGGACGACUUAUUCCUUGCCGACUUGGUCGUUGGAUUAUCUGCAGGGCAAAUUAAAUGUGGUGCACCAGCACGUUCUGAACGCAUCGGCAAAUAUAAUCAAAUCCUUAGAAUAGAGGAAGAAUUAGGUGCCUUAGCGAAAUAUGCUGGGAAAAAUUACCGCGGGCAAAAUUAA